ACUUAAGUGAAGAUUUUAUACAUGGUACCCCAGUAUAUUUUAGACCGUUAAAGUUAAAACUGUAUUUUGAAAAAAAGGCACUUUAAUAAAGAACAUUUUCGCCACAUAAUGGCGACCAAAAUUUUAAUUUUCCUGUCGUUCGUCGCUCUGAGCAGUGCUGGAUUUGUUUGGGUGGAUGAUGACAAUAAUAGGUUUCCAAAAUUAAGGCAGCUAUAUGUCCCCCCCUUGCCUCAACCCCCACCUCUCCCAAAUAUCCCCGGUUUACCCCAACCGCCCCCUCUUCCACAACCACCUCCGCUAUUCGGUUUUGACUUCUCCCCAAUUUUGCCAAUCCCGCCAAUCCCACCAAUACCACCAAUACUACCCACCCCACCAUUCAUUAAUAUACCAGCGCCUGAAGAUAUCAAAAAUAUCAAACCAAAACCAGGACAAUUCUUCAAUGGGAUAUCAGUGAAGUCACGUAGCGGUUACGCACUUGACAAAGAUGGCAACCGUGUAAAGACUGGUGGUACAGCAGUGCUUAUUAAUGACAAUGGAGAAGUUAAUGAAACAAUAGUUGGAGACAAUCCCCCUAAAUUUGAAGAGUCCAGAAAAGAAUCAUCGAUACCGAAAUUUGAGCCGUUCACAUUCAAACCUUUUGUGUUCAAGCCGUUUGUUUUCGAGCCAAUAACAUUCAAACCGAUCGACGUCAAUUAUCAACCUAAAGAGGGGGAGAAUUUUGUGGCAGUCUCCACAUCGUCACAUCACGAAUCGUCAAAUGUUAAUGGAGUUGAUAAAAGCAGUGGUGGUAGUGAUAUAGUAACCAAUGUCGGUGGAAAAAUUAAUGAGGAAGGUGUAGAGUUUAAAAAGGGGGACAGAGAUGAUGAAAACAACAAUGAAGAGAGAAACACGAACGAAAACAGCGGCGAAAAUAAUGAAUAAAUGUAAAAAAGUUUUCUCGA